AUGGACGUUCACGACGAAAGAAUAAACUCCCUGAUCGGCACUAGACGUGGAUUACCUGCUAGUGAUCCGGAGGCCAAUAGAAAUAUUGGUGCCAGCUCUCAUCAUUAUCCAGGGGAGAGCAACAUGAAGUUUAUGAAAUUACGAUUCAGCACAUGGAACAUUGGUUCCCUUACCGGAAAAUCUUCUGAAUUGGCAAAUUUGAUGCAGAGGCGCCGAAUCGACAUCAUGGGUUUACAAGAGACCAAAUGGAAAGGUCAAAAAUCAAAGUCACUCCCACAUGGCUUUAAGCUCCUGUAUAACGGUUCUAAUAAUAAAAGAAAUGGUGUUGCCAUUAUUGUUUCAUCUUUCAUGGCAACAAAAAUCAUCAAUGUCACCAGAACGAACGACCGAAUCAUGAUGAUAAAGUUAGCGCUUCCAAAACUUGGAAUAUGGAAUAUAAUUAGCGCUUAUGGACCGCAAACAGGUUGUACUGCUGAAGAAAAAGCUGUGUUUUGGCAGUGCCUUGAAGGUUUGAUGGAAAAUAUUCCUUUGAAUGAGAAGAAAAUAAUCUUAUCUGAUCUAAACGGUCAUGUUGGUAAGAAUAAUCUUCUGCAAACUCCUAUCCAUGGUGGCUUUGGAUAUGGUGAAAUUAAUGCACAAGGAAAAGAUAUUUUGAAUUAUGCCACAGCACACAACCUUGCCAUCGUUAAUACCUUCUUUUCGAAACAAAAUAGGCAUUUAAUAACAUACAGCAGUGAUAGGCACAAUACUCAAAUUGAUUAUACAGUGAAAAUUCUAUCAUAG